CAAAACUUACCCUCAACUCAUAAAAGGUGAAGAUGUGAAAGGCGUUGGUUUUGCUUUGAACAAUAGGGCCUACAUCCGUUUUUAUUUGACUUCGGCUCUUGAAAUGAACCACCUUGGUUGGAAAGCGAGUCGGAGCAUUAACUUCACAGGUUUGCUCAGAAGCAUCUGCCACCACUGGAAGAAUGUCGACUCCUUUACCUCGAGUUGUUCUUCGCUCAUGGAGGAAACGUCGAAGGGUGAAGUCAGAGUCAUCCCAAGAAGCUGCUGUAUAUAAGGCUGAUGCCAGCAGUACUCGACAUUUCCUAAUUCCCAUGAUGGACUUGACUGUGUCUUCCCUGCUGUCCGUGGUGGUUUACACCUGUUGUACCUGGGCCAUACCUGCUCAGAGUACCUCAGUGAGCUCCAAAAGGUUCCCUCAAAGUUAUUCAGACGAUCACAUUAUACGCAGUGAGAUGACAGCGAUGGAUCAAAUCAUAGAGGCCAAUGAGUUCCAAGCUGCCCAGGUUCCAGACGGCACUAGUUUCAGGGAUGGAGAUAUCGCUGUGACUACCGGGAGGCGCUCUAAGGUCUGUUUCGCACGCAGUUGUCUGUGGUCCAAGUCGGUGGACGGACAUGUCUACAUCGCAUACAGGCUGUCACUGGACUACAGUGAUCUAGAUCAGAGGAUAAUAAAGUCUGGUAUGGAGAACAUGGAGCGAGGUACCUGUGUGCGUUUUGUUCCAUGGACACACCAGAGGGACUACCUGGAUAUUCAGCCUAAGUCAGGGUGUUGGUCGUACCUAGGGCAGCGUGGUGGCAGACAGACUUUAUCUCUACAGUCUCCUAACUGUAUGUUGUCUGGCGUGGCCUCCCACGAACUCAUGCACGCCCUGGGCUUCGUGCACGAACAUUCCCGCAUCGACCGCGACAACUAUGUCACUGUCCUGUGGGAGAACAUCUGGAAGGAUCGCGUACGGAACUUUGAGAAGUUCAAAACCAACUCUCUGGACGUUCCCUAUGACUACGACUCCAUCAUGCACUUUGGGAUGUAUUCUUAUUCAGAAGAUGGAGAUGCUACCAUCAAACCUAAGAGGAAGAACCACGACACCCAUCUGGGACAGAGAACCGGUCUCAGUCAACUGGACAAAAUUAAGAUUAACAAACUCUACAAAUGUGAAACUCUGGACGAUUGGCUGGGCAGCUCUAGAGCCCGAGGCCUGUCCUUCAGGGAAGGAGACAUUGCCAGCUCCUACAACAUACAGAGCCGCAGCGCCAUAACCUGCCCUGGUAACUCCUGCCUCUGGCCCAACCAUGAAACCAACUUCCUGGAUAUACAGCCCAGGUUUGGUUGCUGGUCAUUCCUGGGUAUGACUGAAGGCCCUCAGCCCAUCUCCCUGCAGUCCCCUGGGUGCAUGUGGUCUGGCAUCGUUUCCCAUGAACUCAUGCACGCUCUGGGCUUUGUGCACGAGCAGUCCCGCUCUGACCGGGAUCGCCAUGUUUCUAUCAUGUGGGAAAACAUCAGGAAGGGUCAGAAGCAUAACUUUAAGAAGUACCAGACCAACAACCUCAAUACUGUCUACGAUUACGGCUCCAUCAUGCACUAUGGCAGGUAUGCCUUCUCAGAGGACGGUAGCCCAACCAUCAUCCCCAAACCAGAUCCCAACACUCCUAUUGGUCAGCGAGAUGGACCCAGUGUUCUGGACAUACAGAAGAUAAACCUACUGUAUGAAUGUGGUGGCCUGGUGUAACUCCGAUGAAGAACUGUCAGCGUAGACCACAAACUGAUGGAACAAUUCAUAUCCCAUUUAUACUGAUAUUUUAAUCAUGUUUAUGAAACUUAAGAUCGAGACAAGUCAAUAAAGUCUGUUAUAAGUGUUGUACAACGUGAUUUAAAGUGUGAGAUCUCGUAAUGGUCGUUAUCACAACCGAUGACCACAUGGGGAUUAAUGGGCAACCCGACGUGCAUCUGCUUCAUGGCGAUCAGAGUGAUCCUUCUCAGUCCCAGGCCAUUCUAAUCAUUCAUGACAGCUCCUCUUCAGCAGACUAACACCCACUGACACCUCGUUCAUACUAUCUGC